AUGUCAGUUUUCCAACAAGUUUUUGGUUUAAAGACUUUUAGAACAAAUCAGUUGCAAGCUAUAAAUGCUGCUAUUUUAGGGAAUGAUUGUUUUGUUUUGAUGCCAACUGGUGGUGGAAAAUCGCUCUGUUAUCAACUUCCUGCCUUAGUAAAUGAUGGAGUCACGAUCGUCAUAUCUCCCUUGAAGUCUCUUAUACAGGAUCAAGUCCAAAAACUCCAAUCAUUAGAUGUGUCUGCCAGUCAUCUCUCUGGAGAAAUUAGUUCAACUGCGGCAGAUAAAAUUUAUGCCAAACUGUUUUAUAAAGAUCUAGAUUUAAAAUUGUUAUAUGUGACUCCUGAAAAAAUAUGUGCUAGCAAUAAAUUAAUUUCGGCUUUUGAUAAUCUUUAUCGGAGAAAAUUGUUGUCAAGAUUUGUUAUUGAUGAAGCGCAUUGCGUUAGCCAGUGGGGGCACGACUUCAGACCAGAUUACAAAAAACUUUAUAUAUUGAAAGAAAAAUUUCCAGAGGUUCCAAUGAUGGCGCUAACAGCAACGGCAACACCUAGGGUUAGGCAGGAUAUUUUGCAUCAACUUAGAAUGAAAACUCCAAAAUGGUUCAUGCAAAGUUUUAACAGACCAAACUUAAAAUAUGACUUAAGACCCAAAAAACCCAAAAACCUUACCAAUGAAAUAAUUGAUUUGAUCAAACAAAAAUUUUCUGGCCAGUCUGGAAUAGUUUAUUGUUUAUCCAGAAGAGAAUGUGAUUCAGUGGCUCAGGAUCUAAGGAAAGCAAACAUUCCUGCUGAAUCGUAUCAUGCAGGACUCACAGACAGUGAAAGAAAUGAUGUUCAACGAAGAUGGAUCAGCGAAAUCAAUUGUAAAGUAGUGUGUGCCACCAUUGCAUUUGGUAUGGGUAUAGACAAGCCUGAUGUUAGAUUUGUUAUGCAUUAUUCGCUGCCAAAAUCAAUUGAAGGAUAUUACCAAGAAUCAGGAAGAGCCGGGAGGGAUGGGUUGAUAGCUGUUUGUACUCUAUUUUACUCAUAUCAAGAUGUUUCACGGUUAAGGAGGAUGAUAGAAACAGAUGAGGCAGGUAAUUUUGAAGGUAAGAAAGUGCAUCUAGAUAAUUUAUAUCGUAUGGUUCAGUAUUGUGAAAAUAAAACAGAUUGUCGUCGGUCUCAACAAAUGUUUUACUUUGGAGAAACAUUUGACAAAAGUAAAUGUGGAGUGUUUAAAGGUGCGCUAUGUGAUAAUUGUUCUUCAAAAGAAAAAUUCCAAAUAUGGGAUGCAUCUGAAGCAGCUAUUGAGAUAGUUAAAGGUUUUAAAGAGAUGAAAAUGAAAAGCUAUGAUAAAUAUACCAUGAUACAUCUCAUUGAAGUGUUUAAGGGCUCUAAAAACAGCAAAGUGAUUGAGUCUGGCCAUAAUUCAUCUAGAUUUUAUGAUAAGAGCACCAAAUAUGGCUUGGAUAGAAAUGACUCAGAAAGAUUGUUUAGACAGAUGGUGAUAGAAGGUGUUUUAGAUGAAGAAUUG